AGGUUCUUCCCUAAUAUCUAGUUUAAUAUAACCCCCUCAAAACCUUAAAGGAGAAACAAACCCUUCAUUGCUAUUGCAGCAGCAUCUGUCUUUAUUUUACUGCUGGUCCUGACUACUGAAACAAUGCAGCAAUGGAGAGCUUCAGUUACCUUCUUUACAGAAAGGGAGGAAAUCUGUACGGCUGUGUGGGAAAGAAACAAUGUGACACUGGUAACAAGACAGAAAUGGAGAAUUUAAGCUCAGCCUGCACCCACUUCUGUUUUGAUCUGUUCAAGAAGAUAAAUGAAAACAAUUCAACUGGAAAUCUCUUCUUCUCCCCUAUAAGUUUAUCAACUGCAUUGGCUAUGGUGUUUUUGGGGACGAAAGGUAAAACUGCAGAGCAAAUGUCCAAGACUCUGCAUUUUGAUGCUGUGAAGGACCUCCAUUCAAACUUUCAAACCCUAAAUGCUGAAAUUAACAAGAAAGAUGUUUCUACAUAUGCCUUAAAUCUGGCCAAUCGGCUGUUUGGAGAAAAGACCUUCAACUUCCUUCCAAAUUUUCUGUCAUCUGUCAAAAAACAAUACAGUGCUGACCUUGGGACUGUUGAUUUUAUUUCUGCGUUGGAAGAUGCCCGAAAAGAAAUUAACAAAUGGGUUUCAGAGCAAACCAAAGGUAAAAUUCCUGAAGUGUUGUCUACAGGGACAGUAGACCGCUCCACCAAACUAGUGUUAGUUAAUGCCAUUUACUUUAAAGGCGACUGGGCUAAAAAAUUCAAUGCUGAACACACCACAGAUAUGCCGUUCCAGUUAAAUAAGAAGGAACAGAAGACAGUUAAAAUGAUGUAUCAAAAGGAAAAACUUCCCUUUAACUACAUUCCUGACAUCAACUGCCGCAUCUUGGAGCUGCCGUACGUGGACUAUGAACUCAGCAUGAUUAUCAUAUUGCCCGAUAAUAUUAAUGAUGAUACCACUGGACUGCAGCAGCUUGAAAAGGAGCUAUCUUUAGAAAAAAUCCAUGAAUGGACAGAAAAUAUGAUGCCCACGGAUGUACACAUACAUCUACCAAAGUUCAAGCUGGAAGACAGUUACAAGCUUAAGUCACAGUUAGCAGGGAUGGGAAUGGUGGAUCUUUUUAAUUCAGGUAGUGCAGACCUUUCUGGGAUGUCAGGUUCAAAUAAUCUGUUUUUAUCAGAAGUGAUUCACAAGUCAUUUGUGGAAGUAAAUGAGGAAGGGACAGAAGCUGCCGCUGCCUCUGCUGGAAUUGCAAUGAUGUGCAUGAUGAGGGAAGAGGAAUUCAAUGCUGACCACCCUUUUCUAUUCCUUAUUCGUCACAACGCAACAAAAAGCAUUCUGUUCUUUGGAAGAUACUCCUCACCAUAACACUAAUCAAGUAGGAAUGUUCCACGCACCAUACCAUUGUCACAAAUCUUAUUGAAUUAAAUUUACUUUUUGCUUUCUUUAACCAAUAAAACCAAGAUUUGUGAUACAACA